AGGAGAGGAGCAGUUCUCGAAGCGAGAUGCAUGGCACUACACCCUAGAGCAUCUGACUUCCCUGCCCCUCCUGACAGACAAGGCAGCACUCCGAGAAAGCAUCACUCUGCGAAGCAUGUGCUUUAUCACUCGUCUUGGCAUGGCUCCACUUAAACUGGGAAAAAUAUGGGCUACCAGGUCACUUACUCUUAUGGCAGCACUGAGAGCAGCAAGAGUGUGAAACUACUGAGGAUGGAGCACUUAUUUUGGUGUCCCACAUGAGCACUGUGAAUAAGAGAGCAAAAAUAUACCAUGCAGUGCACAGCAAGCCCACAUCUACCAGCCUGACUACCUCCUUCCCUCUGGAAACCUGUGACCUUGUUGUGAUUACGGUGUACUUCUGUCUAUUUGCCUGGUCUCCUGGAGCUGUAUUGUGGCCACAGCAGGUGGGAGUGUGAUUACUCUAUUGGAAUACAAAGGGCGGUAAAUAUUAUCAAGGGGCCGUAGAGACUGGAUGGGAAUGGUACAACUUGUGUUCGAUGGCAAGGAGAGAAUCGCAGUCCUGACCAGCCCCUCUAAGGGAGAGGCACUUCUGGUUGUAGUCUUUGAAUACAGACUGAAAAGAGUGGGCACUUGCGAGGAUGGGACAUGGCACUGGCUCUGAUCGAUUUUGCAAGAUCUGUUUGGCCAACACAAAGGACAAAAGGCUAAAGGCAAGACUGAAUACAACACAGCUUUCAUGUCAGGACCACGUGGAUAUUACAAUGCACAACCCCUUCCCACGCUCAGAGAAGGAAGAGCAGAGAGUGUUUCCAACUCCCACACCCUCCCACAGAAAUCGGAGGAUGCAAGGGAGUGAGUUAUGACCUGUUUGGAUGGUGUUUAAUCAACCUUACAGAGAAGAAACCAGGGUGUUCUCCCUUGUUCGGUCUGUACCAUGCUGGGGCCGAGGACAGCCUUAGCUGGUGCAUUGGUUCGAUUUUAGCUCAUUUCAAAUCACUGCUUUCAGAGAAAACUAAAUCAACAACUCACAAAGCCCAAAACGGAGUAGCUACAAAACAGAAUGUGUUGAAGGGCCAAAGGACACUGCUGAGAUAAAGAGGCAUUGCAAUAUGGCUGGCACCUAUGAAAUCCUGCCAACACAUCAGCUCUUUGGUCGCUUGCUACACAAACUCCUAACAAGGACGGUGAACACAAGGGAGGGGAGAAUGCAUACCCCUCCUGUGCUGGGAUUCCAGGCCAUCAUGAGCAACGUCACUGUCCUCGAUAACGUUGAACCACUUGACUUCGACAUGGACUUGGAUGUUCCUUAUCCUGUCAGUUUCCAGGUGUCUUUGACCGGGUUCCUCAUGCUGGAGAUUGUGCUAGGUCUCAGCAGCAACCUGACUGUGCUGGCUCUCUAUUGCAUGAAGUCCAACUUGGUGAGCUCCGUCAGCAACAUUGUAACCAUGAACCUGCACGUGUUAGAUGUGCUAGUGUGCGUGGGAUGCAUCCCACUGACGAUUGUAGUGGUGCUGUUGCCAUUGGAAGGCAACAGUGAACUCAUUUGCUGCUUCCACGAGGCUUGUGUAUCCUUUGCAAGUGUGGCUACUGCUGCCAAUGUCCUGGCCAUCACUCUAGACCGCUACGACAUCUCAGUACGGCCAGCAAAUCGAGUUCUAACAAUGGGACGGGCAGUGGCCCUAUUGGGAUCCAUUUGGGCACUAUCAUUCUUUAGCUUUCUGGUGCCCUUCAUAGAAGAAGGUUUCUUUAGCCAGGCGGGUAAUGAAAGGAAUCAAACAGAAGACGAAGAACCUCCAAACCAAUACUUUACAGAACCGGGCCUCUACUAUCACUUGCUGGCACAGAUCCCAAUCUUCUUCUUUACAGCCGUGGUCAUGUUGGUUACCUAUUACAAGAUUCUCCAGGCGCUCAACAUCCGCAUUGGUACUCGUUUCCAUGCGGCGCCCAAGAAGAAGCCAAAGAAGAAAAAGACCAUCUCUAUGACUUUGACUCAGCCAGAGUCCACCGAUGCCUCGCAGAGCAGUGCCGGCCGCAAUCCACCAUUGGCCAUGCGUACCUCGGUCUCCGUGAUCAUCGCCCUUCGCAGGGCAGUCAAACGGCACAGGGAACGCCGCGAGCGACAAAAGAGGGUUUUCCGCAUGUCCCUUCUAAUCAUCUCCACUUUUCUGCUUUGCUGGACACCCAUCACCGUGCUCAACACGGUCAUCUUGAGUGCUGGGCCGAGCAACUUCACAAUGCGCCUAAGACUGGGCUUUCUGGUCAUGGCUUACGGAACGACCAUUUUUCAUCCGCUGCUCUAUGCCUUCACUCGGCAGAAAUUUCAGAAGGUUCUCAAGAGCAAAAUGAAGAAACGUGUCGUUUCAGUUGUUGAGGCUGACCCUAUGCCUAAUAACGUGGUCAUCCACAAUUCAUGGAUUGACCCAAAAAGGAACAAAAAGGUGACUUUUGAGGAGACCGAGGUCAGGCAAAAAUGUCUUUCAUCAGAGGAUGUGGAAUGAGCUACUGAGACAAUGUAAAGCAAAUAUCCUCAUGGGGUACAAAAGCGUUAAAAAGGGAUACCACUAAUCCAAAGCAGUAAUGAAUUUAAGUGUCUUAACUGUACAAUACCGCAAGAGGAAUAAUUUAUUACUAUUUAUUGUGAUGGUGACUAGGUGUCAUAGACGAUGAAGUGUAAAUCCUGCAUGUGCUUAGUUGAAGUAGUCCUGGACAGUAUAAACCCACAAAUGUACAGACAUAGAUAUUGAUGCUCCUGGUUUUGUUCAUUUGUAUUAAAUACCCCAAAACAGCUGAAGGGCUCUUUUGUUAUCAAGAUGAACCCUACCUAAAUGCUUAGCAAUGCUAACACUGGAACACAUUUCAAAAGUAAAGACUGUUUUUUUCACUCUGUGAUGAGGGGUUAUAUGUC